CACUACGAAGUAUUUAAAGGCAUGAAACUCCCCAUUGAAAGAGACUUCUUCUCUCUCCAGCACUUUCCACUUUCCCUUAUCUCUCUACACUUUAUCUCUCUACCUUAUUCUCUCAACUCUCUCCCCGAACUUAAACUAACUUGAUCGUCGGAGCUUAAUCCGGGGGGCAUCCCCGGUUCUUUCACAGGUUCUUCCCUCCCGACGAGAUCAGACGAACGGAUCGUGAGUCAACCCCACACAACAAUCUUUAUUAUUCAUACCACGAGCGAGAUGGUACAAACAAUUGGCGCCCACCGUGGGGCUGAUAGAGACUCGUGCGUUUGAUUGCUUAAGGAGGAAGAGCUCGUAAUCUGAAGAGAAGACAGAGGCUUGAUAAAAAAAAAAGCUAGCUGCAUUUGAAGAAGCGGAAAAAACUCUUUCUUCCCCACCACCACCGCCGACGAUCAUGCCACUGCUCGUCCCCGCCAUCACAUCCCGCCGUCGACGCCAGUUAUCGGCCGCCAGGUCGUGCUCUAAUCCUCUGUCCCAAAAUCUUUGAGAAAGACAACACCAUCUCCGUCGACUCCCGCCGACUUUGGAAACCUCGACAAAGAGAAGAGGAAACAACCGCUGACGCCGGAGAAGAUCAGUACAAGCCCAAAGUUCAAUCCAAUGGCCCGAUGAAGUGAUGAACACACGCCAAAAAAAAAAAAAGAAGGUGAAUCGGCAGGAUGAAGAGAAAACAACGAAGAUGUGAAAGUAGAAAUCCUGUCCAGAUUCCGUCCACUCUGCUAGUCGGAGUGUUAGCGGCACCGGAGCUUGGAUGAAAGAGAGAACUCGGCCUCACCAGUCACCAUCGCCAAGCUCUUGUCCCAUCACCCUUUUUCAAUUCUCCCAAAAAGUAGAUUUGACAGCUGUCUUUCUGCCACGCCUCCCUGUCAGACUAAGGGGACGGACGAUGUCCCUGGUACAGAGAACGAAGCUUUCAAGACAAAACUUUUGGAUGCUAGGCUGGAAACCCAGCAAAGCGGCAAGGAGGAGAGCGCGCCUUCCGUGUCUCCUUGGCAAAGCUUCUUUCUAAACAGCGGCGCGAUCACAGCCUCUCCGCGCUGUCUAUUUUCUCAGCACCUUAAUCUUCUCUUACCGGCGGCGCCAAUCGAUGACAUCAAUUACCGCCGCGCGACCGUAAUUUCAACAUCUCCCCUCGGCGUAAUCGACGUUGUCAGCCGAACCCCGCACUCAUUGACCGGGGCGUCGCGCUUCCAGUCUACUCCUCUUCUCCCUCCUUAAGCGGCUUUCAUCACCACCAGUUCAGCUCUCUCCGCUCUUCGUCAAUGGUUGCGCUACCGCCGAAUCGUCCCCCGCCAAAUCUGAACUCUCCGUGCAUCACCCGACCAAUCAUCUCCGCCAAUGCAAGGAUCCAAAUCGACCAAUCAAUCUCGCUUGGACCCGCGCUCCACACAAUCGACUCGCCGCUUCAAACCACCGGUCGCCAAGAGUGAUUCUGCCGCGAGCCCUGCUCCACCAAUACCCGUGCUCGCGGAGAAAAGAAAGGAGCCACUCGUCGCGGAGAGCACCGUUCGAAGCGCUGCCGCGCGUGCCGUCCGAAGCACCGCGCUCACCUCAGCCCAAAGAAGCUCCGCGCGGCGAUAAUUUGCGGGCGGGAGGGAGAAUGAACGCGGCGAAAAAAAAAGAAGAAAAAAAAGAGUACAAAUCGCACUUCUAGCUCCGCGCGUUCCGUUCAUCAAUGGGCUCCCAACCCAAACCGCGUCUCAUGGGCCACCUCCAUCUCACGGCCCGCACAACUAGGCCCAAGCGGAGGUCCGAACUAGCGUGCACGACCUGCGCCACUACAUGGGAACGCGCCGCCCCACGCGCGAGCCCAACUCGUCGCCUUCUGCAUCCAAGCCCGCAUCUCACCAGCCCGGGCCAACUCGCGUCCAGCGUCACGCGGCCCAUCCUUGCCCCACACAACUGGCCCACGCGGAAGUCCCAACUCGCGGGCAUCCAACAAAUCAGCACUCUUCAAAAAAUUGUAGUCGCCGCGAAGACUCGAACCCGUGCCACUCCUCCCCUAAACAAGCAACGUCACCAGCAGGCUACAUGCACGCUUGGUGAUCAUUGGGCGCAGUACUCUCAUAUCAACGAACCCGCGCCAUCACCAACUCGCGUCAAAGGGUGCAGCGUCUGCAUUUUAACAACUCUUCGCGCCAUCACCAACUUCUGCUCCAAGGGCGCAGCGUCUGCAUUUUAACAACUCUUCGCGCCGCUUCGCCAAUAGAAAGCUAAGUACUCUAUCCCUUUAUCACUAUCAAAUAUUGAAAUAUUUUACUCUCAUAAGCGUUAAUGGCGCUAAGGGAGAGGGCACAUUGCCUCGAAGACUCCAAACUGAGGGUUAAAAACCCCGACGAGGAGGGCUCCAAACUGAGGGUUAAAAACCCCGACGAGGAGCCACAAAUAAGUCUCAACGAAGCACACAAAUAAGACUUCAAUAAGAGCAUCGAAGACUCCAAACUGAGGGUUAAAAACCCCGAUGAGGAGCUACAAAUAAGUCUCAACGAAGCACACAAAUAAGACUUCAAUAAGAGCAUCGAAGACUCCAAACUGAGGGUUAAAAACCCCGACGAGGAGCUACAAAUAAGUCUCAACGAAGCACACAGAUAAGACUUCAAUAAGAGCAUCGAAGACUCCAAACUGAGGGUUAAAAAAAAAACCCCCGACGAGGAGAGCUCCAUGAAGAAUCUAUAAUGAGUGAAGGCUACACGCCUUAAUGAAAUACACCAACUGGG